AUGAGUGGCCCGCCGCAACCCCACAAUGAUCUGCAAGAGCAGGGCCUAUUGCAUGAAUGGUACUCGGGCAUGUUUGUCAUCUUCAUCUCUCACCAGUGGUUGAGCUCUGAACAUCCAGAUCCACAAGGCCAGCAACUAGAGGUUCUGCAAAAAGCGCUCUGCGGAAUGAUUGACGGAUCGCUGCAUGUGACAGAAGACAUUGUGGCCAGGUCAGACGACAUGAACCUGUCUUCAAACACGCGUCGACACAUAGCGGACGGCUUCGUCUUCUUUGAUUGGUUCUCCAUCCCUCAGAUCACAGCCCGCCAGCACGGGGUGAACGAGGAGACCACCAAAAGCGAGGCUGCCUUAGCGGUCCAAAGCAUUCCGGCCUAUGUGGAGCUUUCCAAUGUUUUCAUUGCCCUUGUGCCAGAGCUGGUACACAAGGACUCAGCGACGUUGGUCAACUAUGCAUCCUGGCUGUCUAGGGGAUGGUGCCGUGCAGAAUUAUGGUGCCGACUUCUGUCCAACAAGAUCGACACCUCCGUCAUUGUCGUAUAUUCGCCAGGAGAGGCUGAGUUCAUGUUUCCAUUAGAUUGGCAAUCCAACAGCAUAGUCGAAGGAGAGUUUACGGUUGAAAGCGAUCGUGCAGCUGUCGUCCAGCUUGGUGAGAUGGCGGUCAGAAGCAAGCUCCAGCACCUGCAGGAUUACGGUCCUUUGCACCACUACCGUUUCUAUUUGGCCUUGCGGCCCAAAUUGUUACGCCAGGACCUCGUUGAGCGACAGCCCGAACAGUUCUUGUCAGACUUCCGGUUCCAAACCCUGGCGGAAGCAGCUCAAGACUCCAGCAGCAUGAGUGGAGUCAUGUGUGCAAUUUUUUCUGGUGACAAUGGCAUGCUGCACACGUUGGCGCAAUGCCGAGCAGACAUGAACCAGCCCAUGCAUGGCCUGAGCGACUUGGGAUAUUAUGAUACGCAGACAACGCUCAUGGCUGCAACAAAGUCCCAUCAGGAUCCUUCCGUGCUAAUAACUCUCAUCGAGCUGCGUGCGGAUGCAAAUGGCCGCGCCAGGACAGGUCUGCCGGCCGUGUACAUGUCCCGGACACCAGGUCACGUGAAGGCACUGCUCGAGAACCGGGCGGAGAUCAUGCAUGCUGCUUUGAACGGUACGGCAUCCUUUGCAGGUCCGGAGACUGUGCAGGAGUUGCUAAAAUUUCGCUGCGACCCCGCCCUCGUUGGAGGAACGAGAUAUGGUCCCCUUCAUGCAGUGGCUUUGUUCUCGCGAAGCAAUCGCCGCGCCGUAGAGACUGCAACACUUUUGCUGGAGCAUCAUGCAGAUGUCAACGUGGUCUCCCGGCCAUCAGGUUCGUAUCUGCGAGAGUGCUGGCAGGCUCGACUCAAGAUAUCAGUUCUGGGAUUCCAGAAAUGCAACAUGAUGACGCGGCUUCGUGCCUCCAUGCCAGGCAUAUCUCCGUUGGGCUACGCGGCCUUGGUCGGUCAUGGACAGCUGACGCAGCUCUACCUGGACCAUGGCGCAGUGUCCUUUCCCAAUGAUCGAGGGGACCUACCCGAGGACCUUGCUAGGAAUAAUCACCACCAUCACCUCAUCCCCUUGUUGGCCACCUUUGCCACUUGA